CACGACGGCCCACCGGAAAACACAGAUUGCGCGCUGGACCGCUACCUGAUGGGCCCGUGGCGCACGUCCAACACGACCACCUGGUGGUCCCCGUGUAGCCUCCAGCUGCUCACCAAGCUCGACGGGAACGGCAAGCUGUCGUGCAUCAAGAAGCCACUGUCCGUCAAAAGGCUACGGCAAGUGCUCCACUGGAAUUCGUGGCGCAGUGAACACCCUCCGGGUCAGCAGUGGGACGCCGACGCCCAGUGCCGCGUCUUCCUCAAAAGCGAGGGAGCGAGGUGCAGCAUCAAGGCUGAAAACAUGAGCGCGGUAUGCCGGGCCCUGCAGUGCAAAAGUCCGGAAAGGAUCGGCCUCUUUGGAGCCGGACACGCCUUGGAGGGAACCUACUGUGGGGAUAACAACUGGUGUCAGGGCACCAAGUGCGUGCCAUUCCCGAAGUCGCUGGCCGUCGUUCCCGGCGGCUGGAGCGAGUGGGAAACGGUGAGCGAAUGCAGUCAGCCAUGCCUGCAGCACAGCGUGGCGCUCGUCCACAUGAAGAGGAGGUGCAACGAUCCACGGAGGCAGAACACGCUGGAAGGAUGCGAGGGUGACAACGUUAGGAUGAGGCCUUGUGACGUCAAUGCCAAUGAGAAGGCUCCAAAGUGCGUGCAUCCCAAGACCAACCAGCAGUACAUAGACGAAAAGUGCGCCCUCUACGCCCGCUUCAAGCCGGAACUGAAACCCAGGGGCACUCAGGUUCCCUACAGCGCAGCCCAGUCGUGGCGCGCCUGUGCCAUCCACUGCGGCUACAAGGGCGACGCGUUCAUAGCGGCCAAGUUCUUCCUGAACGAGCAGACCAACGAGACGGGCGUGCUGCCGGACGGCACCCGGUGCCACUUCGACAAGUCCAAGGGGGCCGCGUACUACUGCCAGCAGGGACAGUGCGUCACGCUGCUGCAGAGCCUCGCCGGAAUACAGGACAGCGAGGCAGGACAGGUCCUCGAAGUGGAAGACUCGGACUGGGCUCCGGACACCGAGGGUCGACGGCUGGUCGAGAAGUACCUGGAGUACGUGCCGGGCAAAGACUUCGCUGUUCUGGACGCGAAGAAAGUGCCCCGCGCACAAGCUCGCGUUGCCGUCGACGACCUGUAACCUCUAGGCCGUCCGUGGACCUACGUGUCACCUUCCGUGCCUUCCUAGAGCAAGGGACUCGAGACGACAGAAAUUCGAGCUGGAUGGUGCACGCCUUUGCGCGUCUUACAUUGUUCCGCGCGAAAGACUGACUUGGCUUUGGUAUCGCAUUGAAGCAUAUUACUUCUUCC